AUGUCUAGAGCGAAGCCGGCAGAGGAACAAAUCGAGUUCCAGGUGAAGUCAGACAGUAAAGGUCAUGCACUUGAACAAAAUGUCCUCUACCAGGUCUAUGCGUCCAAAAGUCCGGAUUGGCAUCAGACUAUGACCCGGCGUCUGCUUCGCAAGGUCGACUUUCAUCUCUUGCCUGUUCUUAUACUGAUGUAUCUUUUGAACUUUUUGGACCGGAACAACUUGUCGCAAGCUCGUCUAGGCUCAUUGGAAGCAGACCUAGGCAUGAAGGGUACCGAUUACAACCUCGCAACAAGUAUCUUGUUUGUUGGAUAUCUCUUGAUGCAGUUGCCUUCCAACUUGCUGUUGACUCGAGUUCCUCCUUCGUUAUUUUUGGGAAUCGCAAUGGCCAUUUGGGGUGUCAUUUCCGCUUGUCAGGCAGCCAUUCAGUCAUUUUCAGGACUUAUUGUCACCCGGUUCUUCCUCGGAUUUAUCGAAGCGCCUUUCUUCCCCGGUGCUGUCAUGCUCAUGUCGAGUUGGUACACCCGACAGGAGUUGAGCCACCGCAUUGCCUGGUUUUACUCGGGAAGUUCAUUAGCAAAUGCCUUUGGCGGCCUCAUUGGAGCGGGCGUCCUAGGUAAUCUUGAUGGCGCGCAUGGAAUUGCCGGAUGGAGAUGGCUUUUCAUCAUUGAGGGUUGUAUUACGAUUGGAAUAUCUCUUCUCGCUGCUGUCUUCCUUCCAAACUAUCCUGCUUCUACCUCCUGGUUGGACGAGGAAGAACAAGCCUAUGCUCAAUGGCGUCUGAUGCACGAUGCCGGCGAAGCUGAUGAGGUUGGUUCAACCAGUAUCAGAGAGGCAUUGGCUCUGGUCUUUGCAGACAAGCGCAUCUACCUCUUCAUUCUACUUCAACAUACCUCGCUUCUAUCGCAGAAUUUCCAAUACUUCUUCCCAACCAUUGUGCAGACACUUGGAUACGGCAAUAUCGAGACCCUUCUCAUUACUGCGCCCGUAUGGAUUGCCACAUUCUUAACCUCGCUGCUCGUAACAUGGACAUCGGGGAAAACAAACGACCGCAGUCUGCAUAUUAUUGUUUUGAUGAUCGUCAGUGUUGUUGGAGGGAUCAUCGUUACUGCGAGUGACAAUAUUGGAGCUAAAUUCUUUGCGAUGUUCCUAAUGCCAAUGGGAGCCGUCUCUGCAUAUCAGAUCAUCGUUGCUUGGGUGGCUAAUUCCUUCCCUCGGCCGUUGGUCAAACGAUCCGCUGCGAUUGCUGUUGCGAAUAUGAUCGGUAAUACAGCUUCAAUUUAUGGCAGCUAUAUGUGGCCAUCUUCUUCGGGGCCUAGAUACAUCCCGGGGGGUAGUGCGACCGCUGCGAUAGCAUUUCUCGUCGCAUUGGUGGCACUCGUCAUUCGCCUUGUUCAUAUGCAUAUGAACAAGCAAUUGGAUGAGACGGAUACCUCGCAGGACCUUCGUGCCUCUGAUCCAAACGACCUGGAAACGCGUGCUGUUGGAUUCCGCUUACCAAGUCAGUGUGGCCCAUCUUUCACUUCCAUUCCUAUUCUCGAUUACACGGAAACAUUGUCUCCGUCUACCAAGCCUGCCUUUCUAGGAAGCCUUCGGGAGGCUCUGGUGAAUGUCGGCUUUUUCUAUCUUCAAAAUGCGCCUGUUCCAACCCAAAUUCAAGAAGACUUUACCACGAUGGCCUUUGACCUCUUUGAACUGCCACUUGAGAAAAAACUUGAAAUAGAAAUGGUUAAUAGUCCACAUUUCUUGGGCUACUCCAGGCUUGGGGCAGAAAUCACGGCAUUAAAGCCUGACUAUCGCGAACAAUUUGAUUUCGCAACUGAGCUCCCCGCGCCUGGCCCAGACGAGCCGUUGUAUAAAAACAUUGUUGGUCCUAAUCAGUGGCCGGAUGAGACCGUAAUUCCUGGAUUUCGAUAUGCACUUGAGACCUACUUAUCUGAAGUGAGCAGUCUGGCAGAGUCGUUUCCAGCGCUCAUUGCCGAGGCAUUGAGCCUUCCACCGAAUGCGUUGCACCAGGUCUUUGACAAUCCGCAGCAGCAUAAGCUCAAACUGAUCAAGUACCCUCCCCCACCUGCCUCCAGCCAUGAGGAAUCCAACUUUCAAGGGGUUGGGCCCCAUAAAGAUUCGGGAUUCCUCACUUUCCUGUUACAAGGAACCGCUCAUCACGGCCUAGAAGUUCAAAACAAGACCGGAACGUGGAUUUCUGCUCCCCCGGUGCCAGGAACAUUGGUGAUCAAUAUUGGGCGCACCCUGGAGGCAUUAACGGGUGGGAUCUGCGCAGCAACUACUCACCGCGUAAGUCUACGGCCGGAGAACUUUCAAGAUGGUAACGGCGGGUCUUUGGGGCCGAGGUUCUCCUUUCCUGUAUUCCAGGGCGUGAGUCUUGAUCUUUCCAGUAAGACUUCCCUGGAAAUCCCAGAACAUGUUCGUGCGCUUGUCAAGGAUGCCAAGGUCAAGUCAGAUGCAGAGGCAACUUUCAACGAGAUGUUCCGUGGGAGCAUUGGUGAAGGCACACUUGUAGCACGAGUCACUAGUCACCAAGAUGUUGGGCAGCGAUGGUAUCCAGAAGUAUUGGCCAAAGCAUUAAAGGGACAGAAAGAUUUUCGAGAAUAA